AUGCUCAUGUUCAUCCCCUCCUCAAUCACAACACUCCUCUCGAUCCUCACGCUCGCGUUCUUCUUCCCGACUGUAGCCGGAUAUCCAAUACGCCUCGCUCUGCGAGGACUCGGCUGUCGCAUAAGGAAACGGACCAAGGGCAAACGCGAACUCAUUCGAGCACGAGUCCGAGUUGAGGAGGAGGAUUAUCGAUCUCGAAAAGAUAGGCAAUCCAAAGCUGAAGACGACGACUGGGAGAAAGUUGAGAGAUAUGCAUCGGACGCGCCCGGUGGGAGUAUCGAAGAAAACGGUUGGGACGGAUUUGUAGGGUUUUUUCACCCUUUUUGCAAUGCGGGCGGCGGCGGCGAACGAGUUCUGUGGGCUGCUGUUAGGGCAACUCAAAAGCGAUGGCCCAAAGCCAUUUGUGUCAUAUACACCGGCGAUCAAGAUGUAGAUAAAACAGCUAUGCUGAAGAAUAUAGAAAGGCGCUUUAACAUUCAACUCUACCCUCCGACAGUCAUAUUUUGCUAUCUCUCUACUCGUAGAUAUGUUCUCAGCACCACCUACCCUCAUUUUACCCUUCUCGGGCAGUCGCUCGGCUCGUUGAUUCUCGCGUACGAUGCGUUCACUCUUUUGGUGCCGGAUAUAUUCGUUGACACGAUGGGCUACGCGUUUGCCUUGGCACUUUCGAACUUCCUCUUUCCGUCUGUCCCCACGGGAGCCUAUGUCCAUUACCCCACGAUUUCAACAGAUAUGUUAGACUCACUGGACGAUAAAACUGGCCACAAAGGUCUCAACGCUGGUGCCGGGACGGGCUGGAAAGGCUUGGCUAAACGCCAGUAUUGGCAUGCUUUCGCGAGAUUAUACGGUUGGGUUGGAAGCACCAUUGACGUCGUAAUGUGUAACUCUUCCUGGACGUCCGGACACAUCAACGCUUUGUGGCUCCCAGCCAGGAAGACCAGAAAACAGAAUCGCGAGCCUGUUGUCAUCUUCCCUCCCGUGGCGGUUUCAGAUCUCGAAGGGAUUAAAAUAGACUUAUUGAGCGAACGACAAUCUCGGGAGCCGUCAAUUCUUUACGUUGCCCAAUUUCGGCCAGAAAAGAAUCACGCUCUCAUUCUACGCGCAUUCGCACGCUUCCUUAAACAGUUCAGGAUUCGAAACUCGGCUUCGUCUGAUAGCACUCCUAACCCAUCCUCGCCUUCUACUUCGAACUCAGAACCAAAGCUUAUCCUCAUUGGCUCCGUGCGCCACUCUAGCCCCGACGAAACCCAUAUCUAUAACCUCCGCCUCCUCGCACACGAACUAAAAAUCCGCGAUAACACGACCUUCAUUUGCGAUGCCAGCUGGCCUACAGUGCUAGAUAAUCUACGCCACGCGUCCGUCGGCACGAACGCCAUGUGGAAUGAGCAUUUCGGCAUUGGAAUCGUCGAGUACCAAGCGGCAGGUUUGAUCAGCGUUGUUCAUGACUCCGGUGGCCCCAAGAUGGAUAUCGUGGUUGAUUUGGACGACGGGGCCACUGGAUUCAGGGCAGCGACGGAGGUUGAAUUUGCAGCUGCUUUUGAAGCGGCGUUGGCUUUGCCGGAGGCGGAAAGGGUUGCAAUGAGGGCCAGAGCCAGGAAGUCAGCACAGCGGUUCACAGAAGAGGAGUUUGUGCGAAAGUGGCUAACGCAAAUGGAGAAACUGGUUGACUUGCGCAGACAGAGGGCUGGGAGGUGUUGUUUACAUCUGCAAACAUUUGGUGUAUUCGGUGUUUGA